AUGGCGGCAGUCGCUCCCGUCGAUGUGACGCAGACCCAUCCCUACACCUGCAAUUCCUGCGCAGUCGCUUUCCGCAACAGCGAUGCCCAACGGACUCACAUGCGAAGUGACUGGCACCGAUACAAUCUGAAGCGAAGGCUAGCCGAACUCCCUGCCGUGUCGUCAGAAGACUACAACGAGAAGGUUCUUGCUGCGCAAGCAACGAAUAAGAUCGCCGCCGCUCAAGCAGCCUUUGCAAAAUUAUGCCCAACCUGCCAGAAGACGUACUAUAGUGAGAAUGCGUAUCAGAACCACCUCGCUAGCAAAUCACACAAGACGAAAGAGUUGGUGGGCAAUCGAAGUUCAAGAGGAGAUGAGUCUGCAAGGAUUGGCUCGACGGCAUCUGCUGUCAAUUCUACGGCAGAAUCAGAACCCCGAGAUCCAGAAGCUGAAGCCGAAUUUGAGAAGGUGGUUGCUGGGAUCAAGGAGACUUCCCUACAAGAUGUCCCUGCGAUAACACGAAGACCGUCCGCACCUGCUCCGGACGCAGAACCUCGAGAAGAUCAUCCUAUAUCGCCCGAAAAACCUCCCGUGGCUUCCAUCCCUGUGUCAAGAUGUCUCUUUUGCAACUACGAUUCCCCCAGCGUCAAACUCAGCGUCGCACACAUGACGAAGAUCCACGGUCUUUUCGUUCCCGAGCAGAACUACCUAGUCGAUGCGGAGGGUCUUUUGAGAUACAUGCAGGGCAAAGUGUAUGAAAACUUCGAGUGCCUGUACUGCCACAAACUGAGAGGGAAUGCCGAAGGCGUCCAGACUCAUAUGCGGGACAAGGGCCAUUGCAAGAUUGCUUUCGAGACCGAAGAGGAAAUGGUUGAGGUUGGGCAGUUUUACGACUUUUCAAGCACCUAUUCGGACGAGGACGCAGACGAUUCAGACGCGGAGCUUGAGCCGAAACCAAAUGGCGGGAUGCAUUUGGACGGUGAAAAGCAGGGAGAGGCAGACGAUGGUUGGGAGACUGAUUCUUCGUUCUCGUCGCUUGAUACCAACGAUCUCGCGUCGGUGCCGAACGACGAUCGCACAUCAUCAUAUCAGCGUCUACCCAUGCACCGCCAUCACUCGAAUACCGAUCCAAGGCCGCACCGAAACGCGGACGGGUUUCAUUCUCAUGCACACCAGCAUAACCAUGCUGCAUUCUACGAUGAAUAUGAGUUGUAUCUCCCCAGCGGGCGCAUAGCCGGCCACCGCAGCUUGCGCAAAUACUACCGACAAAACUUGCAUUCGUAUCCCACGGCGGCAGAGAGAAUGGAGCGAGCUCAGAGACUGAUAGAGGAGGGAAGUUCGGAUGCUGAGAUGGAAGACGUGGAAGCUCUUCCGGCGACGCCACCUCGAAACAGUCUCAUGAGGCGUGGCGAGGCUGGCAUGCUUGGUGUGACGGCCCAACAGCGAAGAGACGUGCGGACCCAGGAGGUGCGAAGUCGACAGAAUACACAGCGUGCACAGAACCGCUAUCAAGCCAAAUUGGAGAAGCAGAACAACUUCCAGAAACACUUCAGGGACCCAUUGUUGCAGUGA